UAGAGCAAUAAUACACAAUAAAACAUUAUGGCUAUUCUUAUCAAAGAACAAGAAGGUGCAUUAGUGCUUGUUUUGAGUGCACUUCUCAUAUGCGCUGGUACUUGGUUUUUGGUGUACAUUUGGAGGAUGAAAUGGCGGAGUGCCCAAAGGAGCCAAAACAAGAGUGUUCGUAACCCCACCGACUGGCCGGUCGUCCGAAUGCUUCCGGCAAUAGUUCAAAAUGCCGAUCGCAUCCACGACUACCUCACCGACCUCCUCGUACACAACGGAGGCACGUUCAAGCUUAGAGGGCCGUGGUUUGCCAACAUGCACAUGCUCAUCACCUGCGACCCGGCAAAUGUCAACCACAUACUCUGCAAGAACUUCAAGAACUACCCGAAGGGGCCCCACUUCCAGAGAAUCUUCGAAGUUCUCGGGGAAGGGAUGAUCAACGCCGACUCCGAGGUGUGGGAGCUCCAUAGAAAGACGACGAUGCCUCUGAUGAGCCAUCCUCGUUUUCGCUCUCUCCUCGAGAAAACCGUGUCCCGCGCCCUGGACCACGGACUUUUCCCCAUUCUAGACAAGCACGCCGAACUAGGAACCCCCUUCGGACUAAAGGAAGUUUUCCGAAAGCUGGGUUUCGACAUUGGGUGCAUGCAGCUUCUUGACAAGGACCCGGGCAGCCUCAGCCUCGACGAGGACGAGGGCCACCCGGCUCUCGAGGCGAUAAGGGCCGGGUUGAAUUCGAUUCUCUACCGACACGUGCUCCCAGAGUGGUGUUGGAAGCUGCAAAAAUGGGUGUUUGGGGUUGACAGAGAGAAGAGGCUGAGUGAAGCUUGGGAGUGCUUAGAUCAGUUCAUAAACCCCAUUAUUAUGGAAAGGAAACAACAACAACAACAAUUUGGUGUGAAUGAAGAUGAAUCCAACUUCAGCAUGUUGGUUUCUCACAUCCAGGCACACCAAGGGAAGAGUGUCAAGUUCUUGAGGGACACUUUCGUCACCUUGAUAAUUGCAGGCUCGGAUACUACAGGUUCAACACUGACGUGGCUCUUCUGGCUCCUCGCGAAGAACCCUAACGUCGAAGAAAGGAUCCUCCAAGAGAUCCGGCAACAGAUUAACCCUCAAGAAGACGACGAGGGCAAAAAGGUAAUUGUCGGCGCCGAAGAUUGCCAGAGGCUGAUAUACCUCCACGCCGCCGUCUGCGAGUCCCUGCGGCUGUUUCCGUCCGUGCCCUUGAACCACAAAGUAUCCGCCGGUCGAGAUACGCUCCCGAGCGGCCACGUGGUCAAGCCUAACACGAAGACAAUAAUGCCGUUUUAUUCCACGGGGAGGAUGGCUUCGGUGUGGGGCCAGGACUGCUCGGAGUUCAAGCCGGAGCGGUGGAUUUCCCCCGCCGGAGGGAUCCAGCACCAGCCGUCUUUCAAGUUCCCGGCGUUCAACGCCGGCCCCAGGAGCUGCAUCGGCCGGGAGAUGGCCCUCACGGUGGUGAAGAUGGUGGCCGCCACCCUGAUACUUCACUACAGGUACGUGCUAGCAGAACCGCAUCGCCCCGUUGAGAUUUCCGACUCCAUUCUUCUUGAAAUGAAGCACGAUUUGAAGGUCGUGUUCACGCGCCGCCGGUGAUGGCCGCGGUUCAACUACCUACGUACGGAUCGUCCCCAUGCAUUAAGUAAUGCCUUAAGAACUUUGUACCUCAAAUAAAAUUUGUACUUUUCUUUGGAUCUCUUAGCUACACUGGUUAUCAAUGUUUGUCCUUCAGUUCUAAAAUAACCCUUCCGUGUUUACGAGCUUUGACCGAUUUUGUUUUCAAUUCAAUUUAUUUGAUUGUAGGUGUAAAAUUUAAAAAUAAAAUUUACAUAUUUAA